GCGCACAUGUUUGUACACAAUUGUUUUAUAGCAGUGCAUGGACUGUUUGCGUGCUAGGCUAGCCGGCGUGCGCGAUAGCUGUAGACAUGUUCUUGGUUUUUCGCUCGACUCUAUAUGACAAUUAGCUGUUGUGUCUAGAGCUUCGAUUGAAGCAUAGGAGCUUUAUCGACGGUGGACUGCUUUAGCUUAUGUACAACGGUUCCCUUCGUUCGUCGUUAGUUCUAGCAUGUCCCGUAUGUAUUUACACCAGAUUUUAUUUGCGGUAAUAUCCUGCGUUUGCGCCUAGACUAUAUCGAAAGUAACAUUUAGUUUCCUUGAAUUUUGUUUGUGCAUUCUUGGGACAGUGAAAAUUUUAGGGGACCCUAUCGUACAGAAGGUGCAUGCUAUUAGUAGAUACUGAGUUAUUUGGCGAGUCAUUAUUAUUCGUUGAACGGGAAUUUCUUUUAACUUCUCUGUUGAUUUUAUGUAAGAUAGUGGACGUUAAUGCAUUGUUUUUCUUCAGUUUGCAAUCAACGUUUGGUAUGCCUAACUAUCUCCCUUGCAUACACCUCGACUGCAAGAAGUUUACUUGUAAGAUUUAACUGCAAUAAAUUUAUUAGACUUUUUUUCUUGUCGAAUCUCAAAAUACACAUGUUAUUACACACUGGAGAAAAACGAUAUGAAUGCAGUGAGUGUGGAAAGAAGUUUACUCAAUCUGGUGGUCUGAAAGUUCAUAUGAGAUUGCACACGGGAGAAAGACCAUAUGAAUGCAGUGAGUGUGGAAAGAAGUUUGCUCAAUCUUGUAGUCUACAAGUUCAUAUGAGAAUGCACACAGGAGAAAGACCAUAUGAAUGCAGUGUGUGUGGAAAGAAAUUUGCUCGACCUAGUGGUCUACAAGUUCAUUUGAGAAUGCACACUGGAGAAAAGCCAUAUCAAUGCAGUGAGUGUGGAAAAAAGUUUACUCAGCCUAGCAGUCUGAAAGUUCAUAUGAGAAUACACACACAAAAAAUGCCAUAUCAGUGCAGUGAGUGUGGAAAGAAAUUUCGUCGAUCUAGUAAUCUACAAGUUCAUAUGAGAAUACACACAAGAGAAACACCAUAUGAAUGCAAAGUAUGUGGAAAAAAAUUUGCUCGAUCUGGUGGUCUACAAAUUCAUACGAGAGUACACACAGGAGAAAAGCCAUAUCAAUGCAGUGAGUGUGGAAAAAAGUUUACUCAGCCUAGCAGUCUAAAAGCUCAUAUGAGAAUACACACACAAAAAAUGCCAUAUCAGUGCAGUGAGUGUGGAAGGAAAUUUCGUCGAUCUAGUAACCUACAAGUUCACAUGAGAAUACACACAAGAGAAACACCAUACGAAUGCAAAGUAUGUGGGAAAAAAUUUGCUGGAUCUGGUGGUCUACAAUUUCAUACGAGAGUACACACAGGAGAAAAGCCAUAUCAAUGCAGUGAGUGUGGAAAGAAGUUUACUCAGCCUGGCAAUCUAAACGUUCAUAUGAGAAUACACACAGGAGAAAGGCCAUAUCAAAGAUCUCAUCAAAAAGGAAAGAAAUACCAUUGUGAACAUCGUGGAGAAGGCUUGGAUGUUGGAGCAGUAGCUAGAAGACACCAGGAAGUUCAUACUCGAGAAGACACAAUUGCUCAAAAGCACACAGAUUUGAUAUCAUCUGCAAGCAGCUCUGAGUCCAACUCUAGUGGUACUCAUUUAUCUGUUCAAACUUCUUCAAUGUUUAGUGAUAGAAGCGUAUUUACAUUUCUAUCCAUUCCUUCCAAUGGUGUCUGCAGUUCAUCUGCUAUUUUCUCUAUGUUCAACCAUCCCAAUAUAGCUGUGACAUAUGGUGUGACUGUGUCUACGUGUAGUGACAUGUUGGUGAUGGAGAAAGUUGUAACGUCUUUGUCUGAUGUGCUUGCCGAUUCAGACGUGAAUGAUGAGAUGAAUGUACGUGAUAGAGUUGAUAUUUCUUAUGGCAUUGUCUGUGCAGUUGACUAUUUGCAUCAUCAAGUGGGAAUCAUUCACGGCUACAUCAGCCCUACCACUAUAUUUAUCACAUCUCGACUGACCGCCAAACUGUUAGACCCAGCAGCAUCUUGUCUCGUGCAUAAUAAGAUAUGUCAACGUGCUGAGUCAUAUGAAGAAGAUCUGCACCAACUAAUCUGUCUUCUUAUCAAGUUAUACGACUCAUGUUCACAAUUUUCAUCUGUUUGUCUUCGUUUAUGCAACAUGAUCAGUCGUGAUGAGAUUAAUAAACCAAGAGAAAAAUGUGUGUCUACGACCGACCUCCUUGAGUUAAUUGAUGAACUGAGACAGAAUGAUGAAUACAGUUGCAGCUCACGCAGACGUGAACUAUCUUUGAAAAUUGAAGUUGACUAAGUUGUCUGAUUAGAUAGGAAUGACUGGUUGUGCAGUGCAAAACGUUGGUGCUCGGAUAUUGAAGUAUAUUGUGUAUUUAAAAGGUU